GCUCUGGGCCUAAGACCGGGGGCGGUGGUGGGCAGAGGGAUGAGUCUCCGGGCCUGGAGUAACAGCCCAGGCAGGCAGGCUGGCUGGCAGCUUUGCCCCUGACGCAGGAGAUGUACCCAUCACCCGCCGUCUCCUCGGGGCCCUUAGACAGAACAGAAGGAGCGAGAGCAGCUGCCCUGAGAGGGGGUACAGAUUGAGGAUCGGAGCCAGAGGUGGAGGCAGCUGGGAAAGGCUGGGCCCAAGGCCCCUCCCUCCUUCCUUUCCUCUGCCAGGCUCAGGUGGGAGGGACUCGGGAAGUGGCAGGUGAGAGGAGAAGAGCGGGGUGGGGCGGGGCAGGCAAAUCCAAAAUGUCUAGUCUGGCCCCCCGCCUGCCCGGCUCCCGAGGUCGAUGGUAACCUGAGCCAGGCCGGCUCAGGGAGGUGGAAGGUGAGGUGGGAGGUGUAGCGCGAGUCAAGCCCAGCCCCCAGUCCCAGACCAUGAACUAUGUGGGCCAGCUGGCGGAGUCGGUGUAUGUGACCGUGAAGGAACUGUACGAGGGCCUGAACCCUGCUACGCUAUCAGGUGGCAUUGAUGUGCUCGUAGUGAAACAGCCAGAUGGCUCCUUCCUUUGCUCCCCUUUCCACGUGCGUUUUGGCAAACUGGGCGUCCUACGGUCCCGGGAGAAGGUGGUUGACAUCGAAAUUAAUGGGGAGCCAGUAGAUCUGCAAAUGAAAUUGGGAGACGAUGGAGAAGCCUUCUUUGUUCAGCAACUAGAAACUAAUGAUGAGGAGAUUCCCACCAACCUGUAUACCUCCCCUAUUCCUCCGGAGUGCUCGAAUGAGGUGCUGAAUGACCCUCUGCUGGACCUCAUUGAGAAUGUCCACAAACACAGCUCGGAGACAACCAUGUCCCAGCGGAAGAAGAGACGUCGCAGGAAGAAGGUCAAGAAGAAGGACAAGCUAAUGCUAACAACAACACCAGCUACUAGUUCAGAGGAGCUAGAAGAAGUGCAGGCUGAGAUAGUGGUAGAAGACAGACCAAUGACAGAAUUGAGCCCCACUCCAGACCAAACUGAGGAGGAUAUUUCUACACAGCAUAAAGAUUCACAUCUCUAUUUAAAUAUGGAAGCCAUACACAAGGAGAGCUUCUACACUGCAGAGGAUGAGUUAAUAGAAACCAAAGAUUCAUUUAUCUGUUCAGAUGUGGAAUUCUCACGGAAUGAAAGCAGUUUAUCCUCAGAAUAUCUAACAAGCAUCAGGAGUGACUCUGAGCUGGAGAUAAAAUUUGGAAGCCAGAACGCCAUGAGGACUGAGCCCCAGAUGCAGUGGCACUGGGGGAGGCUUCCUCAGGUGGUGAAAGGCGAGCAUAUGAAGCUGAUGAGGUCUUCACAUAGUAACACGUCAAUCAAUCCUCUUCUUUGUGAAGAAUCAAUAUGUCAGAUAGCUGCUUCUGACCCUUUGGCAAACUCUGAGACUAUCCUCCAGGAUGCUCAGAACAUUUCUGGUGCUCCUUCCCUGCUUAAGCUUCCAUCAUACUCUGAGAGUACCAGUCCUUUAGGUCUAAUAAAGUUCUGCCCAUCAACAAAACAACUCACAGAUUCCCAGGUUUCACUUGCACAGAACAGUGAAGAGGGAAGAACUGAGAAUAUCCAGGAAACGGACACUUCUUUUGAUUCUACAAUGCUGCCCCAGGGGCUCACGGGUCAGGAGGGCUCUGAUUCUUCAAGACAGAAAAAAGAGAGAAAGGACACACAGAGAAGAAGUCAGCACCAGAAAUCCAGUGAUACCUACCUUGAAGGGUUGUCUUCCCUGAAUUCAGCUACUUUUCCCCAAAGUGAAAUUAAUCUUCAAGCCCAGCAAUGGAAUGAGUCCUUCUCAGAAUCAAACCUCUUACAUCCCAACGUUGUGGGAGAUGAGAUUAUAGGUCCUUUGUCUGACGCUUCCCUGGAGCAGGAGAAUAAUGUUGAGCUUUCUCUCUGUGGUGGAUUGGCUGAAAACCGGAACAUCUCAACAGAGAAAUUUGCCAAAUAUGCCGUCUCCUACAAGAAUUUCGCUGACAACCCAGGAAUCCUGGAUGACCCCAACCUUGUGGUGAAAAUUGGAAAGAAGUAUUACAACUGGGCUGUAGCUGCCCCAAUGAUCCUGUCCUUACAGGCCUUUCAGAAGAGUUUGCCCAAGAGCACUGUUGACAAGUUGGUGAAGGAGAAAAUGCCCAAGAAGACUGGCCGCUGGUGGUUCUCCUGGGGGAUAAAGGACUCGGCAUCUGAGAAGAAUGAAGUCCAGGAAGUGGCAUCUACUUCAAAGAAGGAUUCCAUGCAGCAAGGGCAGAAGGAGAAUUCAACUAUUGAGGAGGAUCCUCUCAGCAUACCAGUGGUCUUGGAUUCCCCUUCUCCCCCUCAGAGCUCUUUUCCUAACUUCAAGAAGUCGCUUCGUCUCUCCUCCGAUCAGCUUCGAGACUUAAACCUGAGAGAGGGAGCCAACGAUGUGGUGUUUAGUGUGACCACUCAGUACCAGGGCACCUGCCGUUGCCAUGCCAACAUCUACCUGUGGAAUUGGUACGACAAAGUGGUGGUCUCAGAUAUUGAUGGGACCAUCACCAGGUCUGACGCUUUGGGUCACAUUUUGCCCCAGCUGGGGAAGGACUGGACUCAUCGUGGCAUCAUUAAGCUUUACCACAAAAUUCACCUAAAUGGAUACAAAUUCCUUUACUGUUCAGCCCGAUCCAUUGGCAUGGCGGAUCUCACAAAGGGCUACUUGAAGUGGGUGCAUGAGCAUGACUGUGGUCUUCCCAAAGGCCCCCUCCUCUUGACCCCCAGCAGCCUCUUCUCUGCUCUUCACAGGGAGGUGAUUGAAAAGAAGCCUGAGGUGUUCAAGAUCGCGUGCCUGACUGACAUUCGCAACCUGUUCCUACCCCACGGAGACCCCUUCUUUGCUGGCUUUGGGAACCGUGCCAGUGAUGUUGAUGCCUAUCUUCAAGCAGGAAUAAGCAAGUCCCGAAUCUUCACUAUUAACCCCCAAGGAGAGCUCAUUCAGGAACAUAUCAAAAAUCACAAGACUACGUAUGACCGGCUCAGGGAGUGCGUGGAACUCAUCUUUCCUCCUAUAAAACUGGGGCCCAGUGUGGAGCUGGUCAAGCCUGAGUACAGCCAGUUCUGCUACUGGAGGAAUCCCUUGGUUAAAGUUCACCCAAGAGACCUCGUCCUGGAUUAGAACCUCCUCCCACCUGUUCUGCAUCCCCUUCUCUCCCAUCAUACCCACUCUCUGGCUUUGAGAGGGCAAGCAUCAGCCCACCUUCCCUUAUUCCUUUCCAAGUUUGCAGGAAGUCCUAAUUCAGACCUGGAAGUCACAGUGUGGUCUGUGGACUUUGUCCCAGCAUGGGCUAUGAGGAUACUGCUAUACAGUAGUAUGGGGGGGACAGGCCAGAGGGAGCCCCUGCUGCCUAGCCAACUGGACUAAUCAUUUUUCUUGCCCCGGUUAAUAGGAUGUGGGAAUAUACAGCAUUAGAGCUGGAGGAGAGGAGGGGGCCUAGUGUGGGAAGAGGUCUCAGUCUUGUUUCCUUGGAGAGAUUAAACCAAGAGCAUCUGGCUGCCCUUAAAGUUCGUUCUAUGUCUCGACCUGCCUAUAUGUUUGUCCAUUGUCCAGGUUAUGCAUCCCUUAUUCACAGGGAUGCUUUCCUUUGAGCUCAUUCCCUGAGUAGUAUCUUGGGGCGGUGGAAAGUAUACUAGACUGGGAGUCAGGAAACAAGUUCAAAUCCUGGCUUUAUCACUUGCAACUUUUGUGGCUUCUGACAAUGUUACUUUGAACCCCAUUUCCUAAUCUGUGAAAUGAUAGAACUCGGUGAUCUCCAAGGUUUUAUUCAAGCUCUAAAUUCUAGGACUAUGUGAGUGCCCAUGUUGUAUAGUAGAUAUAAAACUGUGAGAAAGAACUGGGUUCAGAUUGAUUGUGGGACCUUGGGUAAGGCAACUAACCUCUGUAAAAUGUGGUAAUAAUGGAACCUGGCCCAUAUAUCAAAUGAAAUAAAGUUUGUAAAGUGCUUUGCAAACGUUAAAAGAA